AUGCGGCAGGAAAUAAAAAUUGAAGAUUCUGAUUCUGAAACCAGAAUUUCCUUUGGACGUCCCGGUUUCUCUUUGUUCGAUAAAGCAUCUAGCACUGACUCUGGGUAUUCCAAUAAACCCCAUUUCCAUAUUAUUACUGAUUCGAGUUGUUCAGACAUAUCAGAUUUAUUGGACUCUAAUGAGUCUGACGAUCAGUGGUUUUCAUUUCCAGAGAUGCAUUUCUCCAUGCCUCCCGUUGAAAAAUGGAAUGUAGAAAAGAAAGCAAAUAACCAGAAGAAAAUCAAAUCAAAAAAACAAAAAGAGAGACAACUGAAGAGGAAAAUCAUUCGUACAGAACACAGUGCAAUUUCAUUCACAGAUCAAUUAUUAGAAGCAUCCACACUUGAAGCUAAACAAAUGUUCACAGAGAAUUCCUAUCGAAUUAUCAUAGUUGGUACAGUGGGAUCAGGAAAAAGUAGCCUUGGAAACAGUUUAUUGGGUUGUCAACAUUUCAAAACAGGAAUUUCAGGUUCAAGUGUAACUCGCAAAUGUGAGAAGGGAGAAACUUUCAAGCAUGGAAAAAAUAUAACCGUUGUAGAUACCAUAGGGUACACUUCUGAAGUUUUAAAAAAAUCAAAACUUCUGAGGGCAUUCGAUAAAAUUUCACCCGGUCCGCACGCAGUUUUAAACGUAAUUCCCUUUUCUGAAAGGUUUACAAGUGAAUUGUUUUCCUCGAUUCAACAAUUUGUGAAUCUCGUCGGGAAGGAAGUAUAUAACUACUUGGUAAUUGUCCUCACACACGAAGACCAGUUGGAAAUGGAAAAUCUAACAAUAGAUGAAUUCAUAAAGUCGUCACCAACGGAAUUCAAAGAAUUACUUAAUCAGUGUGAGAAUCGCAUUUUUGCUAUAAACAAUCGUGCAACCGAUGGGACAAAGCAUAAAAAAGUAAAACGGCUUAUCAAAAUUAUAGAAAAAAUUAAGAGAAAAAAUGCUUGUUUUGAGACAUAUGACGAGUUUCUGUUUUAAAGAGCCUUUCAGACAUUUUUUUAAAAAUAAAAAUCAGCAUAAACCUAGUUCCUUUUGGUUUGUGAUAAUAGAAUUUAAAACACAGCCUGAUGAACCCUACAUGAAUCAAAAGAACAAAUAAAAAACCACAAUGUUUAAAAAUAAAUUAAAGAACAAACAAUCAGAAAUUUCAACAAAGAAAAUUAACCAAAAACAUGUUCAUAAUAAAUAGGUAAAAAAGAAUGUCUUUGAUUAAUUUGCCCUGGUCCUCAUCAGUAAGUAUAUGCAGUGUUACACUUUGUGUUGUAAUUACAUUGUGCGAAUGUGCGAAAAAUAUAAAGCCAAUUGGUGCAAGACACUUUUAGACAAUAUGCAGAGAAGCAUAUUGACAAGCUCAGAUCAUAUUCCCCUUUAAACCAAGAUUCUGUAGAGCAAACUAUUUUUCUUUUAUAUGUUAUCCUGUUAUUUUGAAUUUGUUUUACAAACUUAAUUUAUGGUCAGAUCACUUUAUCUUGAAACCUUUUGGUAGAAAUUAUUUUCAAAUGUGCUAUCAUUUAGUCAUUUUGUGUAGAAGAUGAAAUACAAUUUUUAUUUGAUUGUUCACUAUAUCAGGCCUCACGAGAACC